CGGAGAGGUCAAAAGUCAGAGGUGAAGCCGUCAUGGCGGCGCUGUGUGGGCCCCGCGCCGUGACUGCCGAGCGUCAGUUCCUGCGAGCGUUUCUCUUCUCCCGGCCCUGUCGAGGCGCAGGCACUGAGAGUGGCUCCGGGAGCGAGAGUUCUGACUCCACGGAGCCCACAACGCGCCCAGGCGGCUUCGCGAGCGCUCUGGAGCGGCACUCCGAGCUGCAGCGGAAGGCGGAGCUCGGGCGGCUGAGGGGCUCUCCGAAAAAUGUGGAAUCCUUUGCAUCUAUGCUGAGACAUUCUCCUCUUACACAGAUGGGACCUGCCAAGGAUAAACUGGUCAUUGGACGAAUCUUUCAUAUUGUGGAGAAUGAUCUUUAUAUAGAUUUUGGCGGCAAGUUUCAUUGUGUAUGUAGAAGACCAGAAGUGGAUGGAGAGAAGUACCAGAAAGGAACCCGAGUCCGGCUGCGGCUGUUAGAUCUUGAGCUCACGUCCCGGUUCCUGGGAGCAACGACAGAUGCAACCCUCCUAGAGGCCGAUGCUGUCCUCUUAGGACUGCAGGAGAGCAAAGACUCCAAAUCGAAAGAGGAGCAUCGUGAGCAGUAAAGGAACUGCGCUUAGUGCAGUCACUUCUUUUGUGUUGAACACAGAUAUCCAUCAAGAACGUGAUUAGAACAUUACAAAUAAACGAUUGAAAGAAGACAUAAUAAAGGAAAACUGUGAUUAUAGCUCUUCCUUGUUAGAAUUUUCUUUAGUUGUGUCUCCCUUCCCCCCUUUUUU